AGUGUACAGCUAUUUUCCUCGUAAAAUAUACAGCUUCAGUCUCAGCGUUUUUCUGAAGGUGGCCCUAAAAGUGCUUCUUUCAUAUUUGUAAAAAUGUGUAAUCAUCGGUAAGAAUCCGCAGGUGUUUAAUUGGAUGGCUUUUCCCUUAUCGGUCCGCGGCCAUUUUCGGAAAUUGCUCCAAAGUCAUCUUUCCCUUCCCCACGAUCGGUCCACGAUGCCUCGCGUGCCUUCCAUAUACGCCGACACCUUCUACGAGCCUCUGACCGACGACGUGGAGGCUCUCCUCGGCCGCUUCCAACACGGCGACUCGAUCCGCCUGGAGCGCUUCACGGCCCUGUGGAGGGACGCCGGCUUCUCGGACGUCUUCCUGGGCAUCGCCGGCAGGAGCGAGAUGAGGAGAUUCUGCCGGGUGACCCUGGCCACGGCCGUCAAGUACUUCCUGCCGCCUUACUGCUACCAGGUUCGGGUCGGGGGGCUGUACCUGAUGCACGCCUUCUACCACAUGCAGCUCGCCGUUCCCCCGGUGCGGAUCCGCCUGGCUCUGCGGGACUGGGACGACGUGGAGAAGUUCUUGCGGGACUCGGUCGCCUACGGCCACUUGGACGUGCUUUAUGUCUACCGGAAGCUGGUCUCCGGCAAGGCGGUGGACUACACCGCCAUGCCGCAUUCGCUCGUCUUCCAGCGGCCGAAGAAGGCCAAGGGGCAGCAGGUGUGCGCCGGCAUGCUGGCCAGGGCCACCGCGGUCAAGGAGCUGCUCACGGAGGACUACCUGGAGGAGGUCGCCAACGUCCAGAGCCACUACCGCAAGAUGAAGAACGACCUGUCGGAGGUCCGCCUCCAGGCCACCAUGACCCAUGCAGACUUUGCCUCACGCCUUAAAGACACUUUGAGCGAGUUCCUCACAUGGCAGCAGAAGACUUUCAACCCAACCAAAGACGGCCGUAAGGAUGAGGAGGAGUCCACUGAAGGGGGGGCCUGCCGUAGCCGGGCCACCCUGCUGGCCUCCAUCAAGAAGCGGGGCUAUGGCCACGAGCAGGGGGGCUCCAAGUCCAAGAGGUGCCGCCAAGAGGCGGCGGCGGAUUCGUCCGGCUCGGGGCCCGAGUGGCAGGGUCCCAACAAGACGGCCAGGCCCCUGUCACUGAGGGCCCGCACCUUGAAGACUCUCGGAAAGAACGCAGAGAAGUCAUAGCCGCAGACGUGGCUCCUGAGCGCCCCCGACCAGGAGACGGUGGCGUUGAGGCGGAAGAACCAGCAGGGGCGCUACAAGCAGUAGAAGGUCCACGUGUGCACUUAUUUGUUAUAUUGUUAAGAAAUCAAAUGUUGUCUUAUAUUUUUGAUAAUAUGCAAUCAAUUAAAAAUAUAAGAUGUGAUCAACUUAUCUGACGACCCGGUGAGAACGGCGACGUCACCGUUGGUUUGUACAGUAUGUCGACGCCGGUGAAAAUUUCCAAGCCCAGCAAUAUGCAGCCGUCUGCAUUUAGCACACCUCUGUUAUAUGUAACAAAAUGUUCCUUUUGUAAAACGAAGAGAAGACAGUGUUUGGAAUAAUUGAAAAUUAAGUUCUCUCACAGGUUGAAUAAAGGAUUUAUCUAUC